GGAUCGACAUCUUUUCGGGUAAAGAAGAACGCUGGUGGUUCCACCUGCUGAUGAUGCAACAUCCCUUGAGCCAAAUUCAAGUGCAGAGGCGUCGGGGCAGUGAACAGAAUGCCUCCACGCGGCUGCUGCUGCGUUUGUGCCGCCUGCGGAUAGGACCUCGAGGUAUGGGUUUCUUUCUUGCUCCGAUCUUGGCGUCUCAAUUGGACUACUCGGAGAAGACGCGGUGCACCAAAGUUGCCAGAGGGCUGGUGCAUCGAGGUCGUUGUUACGAGGUCAUCUACGACGAGUUCGGAGGGCCAAAGGACAUGGGUCAACUGCUGGUGAAACCCUUCGGAGCGUGUGGCCCUCCCAAAGCGAGUGAUGUUGCCGAGUGCCUAGAUCAUGUGAACCAUAUGGUCGUGAACAAAGUCAUCAAGAACGACAUAGUGGUCAUGAUGGACUUCUCGGAUCUCGUGUGGCCUUCGGUUUUUUUCAUGCCGAAGCUACUUGCCCGUGAUCCAAGAACGCUUGCCCCCACCGGAGCUGCGGGAGCGAACCCAAGCAUUUGCGAUUGUGCAGCACGGGUCUUUCUGGAUGCGCUCGCUGGUUGAUACAAUGCUGUUGAUGGCUCGGCCGGAGACCGUCCCCAUUUUCGCGAAGGACAGCACUGAAGCGUCAGAAAGGCUAGCAGCGCGGUUUGCAUGAGGGUACCGGGAAUUCAGUGCACGACCUGCAUGGCGGUUCGAAGGUGGGCAGUGAAGAAUUUUGGGCGUUUGCCAUGUACAGAGUGGAGUGCCAGCUGAAGCUGAAGCUAUGAGUGCGAAUCACGGGGUACUUAUGGUGGAAGCUGUCAGUGUUGAAGCGCACACCGAGAACUCUCACUGAGUGUUGAAGCGCUCACGUGCUCGGGAUGCGUUCACACUUGACGCUGCUCUCGAACUCAGACUCCUUGGGAU